AAGGGUGGAAGACAGUAGAUGAUUAAAAGAAAAAAAGGUUUUAAAAGCAAAACCGACGACGACGACGACGACGACGAACGGGCGGAUCUGGUCAACGACGUUUGACCGAACUCUGAGAAAUAAGGGACAAGUCCAGGGCUAAAAGUGUCAUUUGCUUACGUGUUCUGCUCUGUCGUUGUUGUUGGUGUUUUUGGGGGUAUUCGAAGGCCUAUUCUUUCUCUUUUAUAUAAGGCUCCCACUUUGCUUUCUUUCUUCAUUUCUUGUUAUACAAAAUCUCACGGGAGAGAGAUUCAGAGAUAUGAGAACCAGAAGAGGGGUUUGUUACCGUGAAGUGGACAUGUGUACGGACAAUAGAGUAGUGAAGAGAAGAGGGGAUUUUUCCGGCGACAACGUCGUUUGCUGCCGGAAACGCCAGAGGCUAGCGCCGGAGUCCGCCGGAAAGUCUGAUUUCUUUGAAGCCUUGCCAGAUGAUCUCGUCAUUUGUAUUCUCAGCAAACUCAGCUCCUCUGCUGGAUGUCCUUCGGAUUUCAUCAACGUUUUGCUCACAUGCAAAAGAUUUAACGGAUUAGGUCUUCAUUCUCUAGUGCUAUCCAGAGCUUCUUCGAAAUCGCUCGCCGUUAGAGCGAAGAACUGGUCUGAGUCGGCUCUUCGGUUCUUGAAACUUUGCGCCGAUGCCGGCAACGUCGAGGCGUGCUACACUCUUGGCAUGAUUCGUUUCUACUGUUUACAAAAUCGAGUGAGCGGAGCUUCGCUGAUGGCUAAAGCCGCUAUAAGUUCGCACGCGCCGGCACUGUACUCGCUUGCCGUGAUACAGUUCAACGGUAGCGUCGGCUCCAAGAACGACAAGGAUCUUCGAGCCGGCGUGGCUCUCUGUGCCAGAGCUGCCUUCCUCGGCCACAUCGACGCGCUUCGCGAACUUGGCCACUGCCUCCAAGACGGCUACGGCGUUCGCCAAAACGUUGCUGAAGGACGGCGGUUCCUUGUCCAAGCUAACGCCAGAGAGCUAGCCGCCGUCCUCUCCUCGGCAUCUUCGGCAGUUUCGUCGCGCUCGUGGCUCACGUGGAAUCCACACCAACAUCAUCGCCAUGUAACCGGCUCGGGAUGUCCGUUAUUAAGCGAUUUCGGCUGCAACGUGCCGGCACCGGAGGCGCAUCCAGCAAGCCGCUUCUUGGCGGAGUGGUUCGCCGCUCGUGGUGGCGUUCCCGGUCCAGGGCUGAGGCUUUGCUCUCACGCCGGUUGUGGACGUCCGGAGAUGAGACGACACGAGUUUCGUCGCUGUUCCGUGUGUGGUAUCGUGAACUAUUGCUCUCGCGCGUGUCAAGCACUCGACUGGAAGUUGCGCCACAAGGCGGCGUGCGCGCCGGUGGAGCGUUGGCUAGUCGACGACGGUGAUGCUAACGGAGAAGGUGCUGUAGCCGGCGCCGCAGCGGAGGACGACGUCAUCGUCGCUAGUUAACGGUGACGCUUAUCGUUACUGACGGUAACGGCACAGAUGAGUUCUAAGGAAACCAAAAGAAAAAAAAAUCAGGCCAUUUUUGCUGAAAAAUUAAUUUUAACUUUAUUAUGGUCUUUGGAACGCACAGAGUUUACUCCCGUUGUUUGUAUAGAUAGGGGUAUUUCGGAGAAUUCGAUGGGGCGUUUUCCAUUUUCUUUAUUUCCUUCUUUUUCUUCUUUUUUUUUGGGUUUAUAGAGCAAUUGGAAGCCUUAAUCUCGGACUCGUUGCAUUAAAAAUCAUCGUUUGUUUUGGUAAAUCUUUAAAUCUCCUUUUAUUUGAAUUUUGGAUUACUUUGGAUAUUAAUCGUUGGGAUGCAUGUGGGUGUUGGUCUCGCUAGUGUGAAUCAUCAUGUUGCUUUUUAUCAAAUCAUCCCCAUUUUCUCAUUUUGUGUACUGUCUUUGACUCCUCAAUUAUGAUUUUGUUUUCAAAAAUAUGAUUGUCAAAAACAAAUUUAGAGAAGAAUUGCCAAACAGGGCAAGUGAGCGGAUCCGGAUGGAUUUAAUUUAAUUUUUUCAAAAUUCAAAAACAUAGACUUGGGAGGAGUAUAGUGUAACUAAUAGAGGGUGCCAGUUCACAGUUGUGAGGCAGAUGAAAAUGGCAUCCUAGGUAAUUUAUCAUCACUACCCUCUUCACCUUUUCUUGGUGGUCAAAAAAGGUACGCACAGUGGAAGAUUGACCCAAAAAAUAAAGAAGGGGGAGCUAGUGGAGAAUGCGGCUGUUUGGAAAGCUAAUAUGCCUGGCCAUAAAACCAAUAAAAGUAGACACGGGAAAAAUAAUACAUAUUGGCAUCUCAUCUCUCUCACCUUGGUGGUAGGGCACUUGCUCUCUUCCUUUUCUGUUUUCUUUCUUUAUUUAUCAUCAUUGUUUACCAUUAUUAUGAUUAUCAUGGUCGAGUAGAAAAUUUGACCCAAUUCUGUGGUCCAAGUCCUUUCCGCUCGUUGGGAUUCCAAAACUGCAUGAAAAUGAAUUUUGAGUUUCUGCUCUGCUUGUGUGAGGUUUUUACCUUUACAUAUAAUGUAAGUUCCUACCAUCACCCGUUUAUUUUCUCUGUGAAACACACUUCCCUGAAGCACACUCAAAAUGCGCUUAAUGGGGAUGAACUUGAACUUUCACGAUAUCAAACCAUGUCUCCCCUGAAACACACUUCUUCAGGAAUCCAAGCUUACCAUGUGCUAUGUUCUAGGGAAGAGUCCAAAUGCUAUGUAUUAAAGACAAAAUAGGAAAAAAGAGAUUGUGAUCCGUUUCCAAUUAUGUUCGAUAAAUCAGCUUCCUUUCCAGGACAGAUGGGUUCAUGCAUUACAAAGAGCAAAUCAGGCCGCCUCAGGUUGGGCCUUCAAACUGGGCUUGAACCUUAUGAGGGGUGACUGUGAACCCAAGCCCAUCGCUAGGCCCAAUUUUGAUAUGGGCCUGAAUCAGAGUUUUGCAGGGCAAGACAAUCAAACGGGUUUAGGAGAGCUUAAAAUUUUUCAAUUUCUAUCCUCAUUUCCCUCAUAUAUCUUCAUUUAAAAAAAAUAAAAAAAUUCUUUGAAUGUAAUGUUCUAAUGUCUCCUCUUCCAUGCUACAUUAUCUUUCUAUUUUAUGGCAUUCCAAUAGGAAACCAGAGAAACAUGGAGAAGACGAGGGAAAAAAGAGUAAGAAAAUGAUGGGGUCAGGCUUAGGGCCCGGGCAGACCCUACUUGAGGCUGUGAUUGGGUUUGGGCUUGGACUUGAGCCCAGACCCAAUGAUAAGAAUUCAACUUUGUCUCCUGAUCAACUUGAUCACGUCUUCAAGAACAUUCAGUUUCUUCCCUAGUAUGCCCUUUUCAGGAAAACUACCACAAAAAAAAUAAAUAAAUAAAGGAAAUUCUCCCAAAUGCAACAAUUUUGCUACAAUUCCUAAUAAAUUGAUUAAGGAUUUCAGCCACACUGUGAAAUGCAUAAAGAUGAAGGCUAAAGAAAGAAUUGAACGCAAAAUGAACCAAUUUGCAGAUGAAUGCGCAAAAAAAAUAAAUUAUAGAACCAUCUAAUUUUAUAAAAAUUCCCAAUUCGUAAAUGUGAUGAUUACAACCUAAUCACCUUCCAUCUCUGUAUCUUCCAACUAUAAAUAAAAUAUAUACCAUCAAAUUAUAUAUUACAGAGACUAUUUCAGAAGGGGAGGGAAAGAUUGAGACACACACGGUAGCACCAAACCUCCCAACACCCCACCGUAAAAGCGUCACGACGGCCGCUUCGGAGGCCUCGCCGAGAUCUGAAUCGGAAUGGGCCGACCCGUACCUGUUCCUCCGCAGCUGCUGCAGGCCAUACGACCGGACCCGGCGCAGGUCCGGCAGCCAACGUCGCCGUCCGACCACCGCGAGCAUAGGCACGAGACCCGGCCCGUGCCGUUGCAACUAGAACACCUGGGAAAUGGACCGGCCAUCGGCUUCUGGUCCAUGACCGACUUCACCAGAACCGCCCCGGCCAAGACGCUCAAGCCGGUGGCGAGCUGAGUCAAUACGAUCGGACUCAUAACAAUAGUAAUGAAGAAAAGGAAGUUGCAGAGAUGGGAUGGCGUCGAUGGGGAAGAAGGGUGAGGGGAUUUUUAUUUUUUUUUU